CAGAAAUCUACAUUGAAUGACGACUAUCUUCUCCAUGUGGUGUAUGAAAGUUGAAACUUGGACCCAGAAAAUCGUCAUUUCAGGCCAAUUUUAGAGGAUUUCAUCCACAGGAUGAGGUUAUAGGUCGUUACCAUGGUGUAUGGAAAUAUUCCCAGUCACAUCAAGGCACCAGAAGGGGUAGAACUUAAGUCCUCUAAGGUGGACCGUAGGAUUACAGGUGCCUGGUGUACAAGUGAUGUCAAACAAGGCUCUCUGUUUGGACCCUUUAAAGGAGAAAUUGUGAAGGAGCAUGAAAAGAAGAAGAUAGAUUUUAGAUAUGCCUGGGAGGUUUAUGAUCUGGAGACCAGUGAACUCAUUCACAUUAUCAAUGCCACAGACCCCAACAAAGGAGACUGGACCCGCUAUGUCAACUGUGCUCGCUACCUGGAGGAGCAAAAUCUGGUGUCGGUCCAGGAGGGGACUCAGGUGUUCUACAAGGCCAUCAGGGACAUACCAGCUGGUGAAGAACUCCUGACUUGGUUUGAGAGAAGUCGCAUAAAAAAGAACAGUAACUCCAGUAAAACUGAGGAAAAGUCAAAGACAAAAGGUACAACAAGUCCUAAGAAGAGGACAAUCAAAAGAUCUAAAUCAGACGCGAGCCUUGGUUUAGGAGAGAAUGUUACGAUAAGUGAAAAACGACAGCGGAAGAAAAAGAAGAUAUUCGGAGAUGUCGAAGAAGUGUCUCUGGCAGAACUCAUUCCAAAGAAACGAACGAAGCGAAGCGUGGAAUCUCAGGAGUCCGUGACAGAAGAUCCCUCAACGGAAGCCAUCACUACGCAGAUCUUCAACAGUCUGGACGUGGACACCAUCAAAGUCUACAGCACGUCUAAUGGUGGAUCCGAGUUCUUUGAGGCGGAUAAAAAGAAAUUAAAAGAGAUCGAGGAUAACUGGAAGUACCCUUCAAAACGGAGGGAGUAUCAGUUUGGCUUCCUUAAUCGUAUCGCUACCAGCGUCAAUAAUCGACGCAUGUACAAGUGUAAUAUAUGUGGGGGACUGUAUCGACACAAAUUUAGCUUAAAAAGACACUAUCUACGCAAUCACAUCAACUGUCAGUAUCUGAGUAAGGCUGCCAUAACAAACUGUAUGAUAUCCGUGGCCUCUCAGUAUCACGCAAUCCUGCAGGAAAACGGAGAGGAAGCCGUGAACAGGAUACAUACCAACAUCCACAUAAAAUCAGAGGAGGGGGAAACAAAUGAUGAUGAGAAGUCUGAUGAUUCUGCCAAUGAAACAGUGGAAGAGGAGUCGUUAACUGAUACAGCAAGUAACUGUGAGGAAACUCUGGAUGAGUCCUCAGCUGAUGUCAAUCCGGAUGAAAAGUUCACUGAGUCUGGGCUCUAUCCAGGUCUAUACAGGUGUAAUGUGUGCAAUAAGCUGUUUGAUAAGGCCCCUGAACUUACAGACCACACCAAGGAACACUCGGAAGUUCCUGAUGCUAAAACGUUUGCUUGUAGUCUGUGCAAUAUGACCUUUAAGUUUAAAAUGAAUCUGGUGCGCCAUCAACUAGUCCAUGAGGGAAAAACUUCUGGGAACGGCACAGUGGGAACCAGUAAACAGAAGAUCAAGGUAGAACCAGUCAAUGACAGUGGGGAUCCCAUGCGACCAUUCAUGUGCUCUCAGUGUCCAAUGAAAUUCAAGUAUUCCACAAAUCUGGUCAAGCAUGAAGCUGUUCAUUCAGAUAAUCGCCCUUGCAAAUGCACUGUUUGUGACAAAUCCUUUCCCUCCAUGACUAACCUGAAGAAGCACAUGAACAUCCACAUCGGGUGUAAGGUGCCGUGUCGUCACUGUGAGGCAGUCUUCUCUCACGUUGGCGCCCUGAGGAAGCACAUCCGACUUCUCCACCCCACAGUCCACAGGGAGAGGCUUCUCAAGCUGCUGGAGAAGCAGGGAAAGCUGGGAGUGAAGGCUCAGAAGUACCUGGACAACAGCUACGAAAACGAGAACAGCAAGUCCUCGGACAGAGCAAGCACCUGCAGCAGCUCAACAGAGGGGGACAAAGAGACAAAGCCAAAAAAGGAAAAGAAGUCCAAGACAAGGAUUGAGGAUGGAAUAGACUCCAGAUUCAAGUUCUCCUGUACUAUUUGUAAGAAGAGAUUCACAGAGUAUGCCAACAUGUGUCGGCAUCGACGUGUGGCUCAUGAAGAUCCAGAUGAUGAAGUUAACAGUAAUGCUAACUCAGAAGGGAGCUCUGAGUCUGCUAAUGUGGUUGAGGAGAACCCAGAGCUUAUAGCGGCGUUCUUCGCUAAUGUGGCAUACAACAUCGCCGAGAACCUGACGUGUUACCUGGACGGAGGGCAGGCGGCGCUGGAGGCCCACAGUAAACGGGGGGAGGAGGAAGAAGAAGUGGACGUGGAAAACGUGGAGGAAGAAAAAAAGGUGGAGGAACCCGGCAAGAUCGCUCUGGACCAGUACAACUUUCCACAGAGCUACAAUCCCAGGCUGCUGCAUGAUAACUUUGAAUAUUGUCCACUAGAUCCAUCAGAGCUGAUGAAGAAGUAUGAAAAAGAAGUGCCAAAUUAUUUUGAUGUGAAUAUUGAUGAAAAUUCCCUAGAUGACCGUGGGCCAGCUCUUUGUACCCGAAGGAGGAACUCCAAAGACAGUAAGGAUGAUAGCAGGGACAGCAUCUGGGGCAACAGGUUUGACAGCAGUGUGACAAACUCUCCAGUCAAAUCAGAAAGGAGUGAAUCCCCCAUGCUGAAGAUCACCUCCGUGUUCUCAGGAAAAGAGGCAGCCAUGCUGAUGCCGGAGACUCCCAAAAAAGACCCUUCUAAUGCAGAAAUUAAUGAGGACAACAAAACAAUCACCAUAGCACCACUGGAAAGUGGGGCAGACAACACUGGUGACACUGAAGAAAAAUCUAGUAAUGAUUCUGAAGAGAAAGCAAAGAAUGGAAGUGACACAGAGACAUUGGAAAACAAUGAUAAGAAAGUUGAUGAUGAUCAAAAAGAGGAUUCAAAUAAAUUGUCAGAUAAUGUUAAGCCACAAAAUACAGAGAACAAAAUAAAUGAAGAAAUAAAGGAAAAUGGUUUAACAAAGGAAAGUGCUAUAACAAAGGACUCUCCUGAGGUAGAUGGUACAAGUCCUAGUGACAUUAAUGGGAACAGAAAACAAUCACAAGAAAGUACAGAGGAGAAAUGUGUAAUAUCUGAAAGUGAAAACCAAAGCUUAGAGAAGGACCAGGAAAAUAGUGAAAGUGAGCAUCUCCCAAGAAGGCAUAUAUUUAAAAUCAUGGAGUACAGUAAACUAAAGAAAGGGGGCUUAACAGUGAUUUGUCAUAGUGAUCUACAGAAAGCUGAUAAGAAGAAGACGGAGAAAGAAAAUGAUAAGACUGAUUCUGUGUCGCAAAAACAGAGUGACAAUAUCAAUUCAGUUGGCACUAAAGCCUCAGCAGAUUACAACACUACAGUAGGUACAAAUAUUGGAGAUGGGGCAGACAACAAGCCAAAGACUGAGGACUUGGGGAGUGACGACAGUAAUUCUGGGAUCUUACUGGUGGACCUGUUCACUGACUCUGACUCCGACCAAACUAAUAACAAAGACCAUGACUUGAUGCUGCAGGGACUUGAUUUAGCCAGAGGAGCUAGGGGUAGACCUGAUGAGAAGAAACCCAAGUCCUCCAGCGCAGGCAACUCUCCUCACAGGAGUCCACUGUACAACUACGAGACCAUCAUGUUUGGUAAGCUGGGAGACACGGCUUAUGUGUGCUCUGUCUGUAAGAGGCAUUAUCCAGACUUUGAUAGGUUACUCCGACACCAGUGGAAGAAGCAUCCAUCCAUUUACUGCGACUUCAUGGAGGUAGAACAAGGACACGAGAUUGAGAGUCUCUACUACUCCAAACCCUGCAAUAGAGGGUUACUGGGGUCAUCUGGUAAAGCCCUGGAGAGAGCUAUAAAUAGACCAUCGUACAACUGCACUCGAUGCAGAGGGUCAUUUAAGAGUGUGGACAGACUCCGAGUUCAUAUCAUUAACUGUGCAACCCCUCAACCAUCUCCUAAGAAGAAGAAAUCAUACUACAAACGUAAGACACCAAUUAAAACAGAAAAUGGGGAAAUUGAGAGUCCAUCCAAACUACCCAGUCAAGUGAACGUCAAGGAGCUUAACUCUAGAAUGAAGGAACUUUCUUCUAAAAGUGACAAGGAGGAGGAUAAGGUUGUCAGAGCAGAAUCUGUGAACUCAGAGGAAGUGAAGCCGGAUCAGAAAGCAGUGGGUGACGUCAGGGAGAGACCCACAACUCCAGUGGAGAAGAAAAAUACCACCCAGAAGAAACCCGGGAAGAGAAUGACCCCUGAGAAGGUAGAAAUAGUCAAGGACAAAGAGGAGGUAUUUCAGGAGAUAAAGGUCAAAGAGCAGAAGACACUGAAGCCACCAUCUACAAAACCUAACGAGAAGAAAAAAAUGGUGGAAAAGAAGAUAAAUACACCAGUGAAAGGUAAAAGUACCAUAAUUACGAAGUUUAAAGGCAAAGCAGCUGGAAAGUCUAUUUCACCAGUCAAAAUCAAAACUGAACAAAGCAAGGCUGUAAAAUUGAUGAAGGUGUCAGAAAACAUGCAGCAGAAAAAGUCCAGGAGAAAACGAGAUUUUGUGAUCUACAAUCCGAGAAAUCAUAUCCGUCGACGAGAAUUUAGUGAGGUUUUAGAUAAACAACAAUGCAAAGGCUGUGGAGUUAAGUUCAAAACUAUCUCUCUGUUGGAGAGGCAUGUGAAGAAAUGUGACGAGAAAGAUAAAUUCAAGGACAUAAAACUGAUCAAAUCUAACGUGAAUGAAGAAUUCCAUCAAAAACAGAGACACACAUGCUUCUAUUGUAACAAAGGUUUUAUUUAUCCCAAAUCUCUAAUGAACCACUUCAAGGCUUUCUGUUUGGUGAAGAAAGACAGAGGAUCCAAUGGCACACUGUCAGAAGAAGACAGGGCCACAGAGGCAGCCAUGAUGAAACGACUUGUUCAACAGGAGGAGGACAGAAAAAUCACGACAGAGGAGUUUGAUCUGCAGGAACGUAAAAAGGGAGGCUGGCCUCGCGGUAAGAAGAGAAAACACAAACGGAAGAAUCAUUCCUGGACAAUUAUUAAACAGAAGAAGCCAUCUUCUAGUGAAGCAGAUGUAGGGGUUGCUUCUCUUCAAGAGUUCGACUUAGAAGCAUCUGAGAUGGAAGAAGAAAGUAGACAACAAGAUACAACUAAGGGUAACAUGAAAUCGAAGAAAAGCAACAAAUCUGUAGAAGUUAAAGAACAAUCAAAACAAGUGACUAAAACUUCUCAGAAGGAAGAAAGCAAGAAGGAAUCUGUUAUCAGUAGUGGUUCAUCAAAGGCAGUGGCAAAAGUGUCUGAUUCAGCUUCAAAAGGCAAGAAAGGGAGUGAAAGCAGUGUUAAGACAGAAGGAGGUUCAAAAGGUGGUAAAAAAUCUGUAUCAAAAUCCUUACCAAGUGAUAAAGAAAAAUCAGAGAAAGAUGGAACAGAGCCACCCAGAAAAAGAGGAAGGAAGAAGAGUGUCAAGGCAGACAGCGAUGAUAUUGUGAAGAAUCCGGGAGAAGAGGAUGAGGUGAAGGCUAAGAAAGCGAAGAUAGAGGAGAGUUCUAAUGUGUCUGGUGCCAAACAAAACAAGGACACCAAAAAACCAAAGAAGGUCAAAGGUGAAGCAGCACCCAAAGAGGGUAAAAAAGAUGUAGAGGACAAGGAACAAAAAUCACAGACAGAUGCAGGUGAUGAGGAGGAAUCAACAAAAGAAUCAACACAGAACACAGAGGGAAAGAUGAAAAAAGGGAAAAUGUCAUUCAAUAAUCCAGACAUGAAGUUUGUGACUAUGAAAAAUAUUGUUAAGAAAGGUGGGGGUGGGGGGACACCCAUCAAAACCGUAGAGAAAGAAGUGGAAGAAGGCAGCGAGAAAGUGUCCCCCAGCAAACUUACAUUCCAUAUUUAUGACUCAAAUAGCUUCGCAAAGAAGAAAACCACUACAGCCUUAGGGCCAGGUUUGGCAAAGAAAUUCCACAUAAUGCAGCCCAAAGACUUUGUAGGGAAAAGCAGUGCACAGGGUGAGAGUAGUGUUAAGGUGGGAGAGAAGGGGACGAAAACAGGGGAGGGAGAGCAAUCUAUCCAGGAAGGAAAAGGGUCAGCCAUAGUGAGGGGUUAUCCAAAGAAGGGGGUGGGAGGGGAGGCAGGGGGUCAGGAAAUGCAGGAGGGUGGGGAGGAGGGAACAGAGAAGAAAUCCACGGGGUCCAAUAAAAUAAAGGGUGUAGUGAACAGAAAACCUGACAUGCUACAGUUUCAUCAGGUGGACGUGGCAGCCAUGAAAAACAAGAAAGGAGCCAAGAGUCUCAAGAAAACGUAAACUGGUGAACAAUGCGGCAACAUUUCAGAGUGUGAAAGGGUGUGUGUAAAAACGUAAACUGGUGAACAAUGCGGCAAUAUUUCAGAGUGUGAAAGGGUGUGUGUAAAAACGUAAACUGGUGAACAAUACUGCAAUAAUUCGGAGAGUGAGAGAGGGUGUGUUUAUUGUGGUUUAUCAGAGAAAGUCAACAGCUAGAGCAGACUUUGUGUAGUUCUUGUGUUCAUUUUAUACCUUGGUGCUCUUAUGAUUAGUUUGGCCUUUAGCUGCAAUCAAAAUAAUUCUUCACAAAUAAAAUACUGCAGUUCUGUGCACAUAAGAAUAAUGACUAAGUAACAUAUGAAAUGAUUUUUAUUGAUGCUUUUAAAUUGUUUUAAUUUUUUAGGAGGUUU